UGUUUGUUACGUGGCCCAAGUGAAUUCUAUCAUACGCUAUCACUCCUGCUAACAACAAAUCACAAUCGUGUCUCCAUCCACUGUGUAUACAAUUCAAACUCUGGCUUCCUGACUCUCUUUACUUUUUACUUUUCUUUUUUUUGCCAUCUUAAACAUGACUUCGUCCUCGUCCUCGUCACCAGAAAUGCAUCCUGCUCCUCCAAUGGACUCCGCUGAACGCUUUUCCUAUAAACAUGCAACACAUGAGGAGGUCCUUGAAGAUCUAUCUAGUCGCUUUCUGUUAAAUCUCCCAGAGGAAGAACUAUCGUCUCUUGAGCGGAUAUGUUUCCAGGUCGAGCAAGCCCAUUGGUUCUACGAAGACUUCAUCCGGGAACAAAAUCCUAAAUUUCCAUCGCUACCGCUCAAGAAAUUCUCCGCAAUGCUUUUCAAAGCUUGUCCUUUACUACACCAAUGGAGUCACGAUCAUGAACAAGCCUUCAAUACCUUCAUGCAGUACAAGACUAGAGUCCCGGUAUGCGGUGCAAUUAUGUUAAACGAUACUUGGGAGAAGUGUAUCCUUGUUAAGGGAUGGAAGUCAUCUUCUGGUUGGGGUUUUCCAAAGGGUAAGAUAAAUGAGAGCGAGCCUACCCAUGAGUGUGCCAUUCGAGAGGUCCUUGAGGAGACCGGUUAUAAUCUAGCGGGUCAGCUAGAUCCUGAAAACGUAAUUGAAAUGUCGAUCAAGGAGCAAUUGAUAUCCCUCUUUGUGGUACCCGGAGUCCCGGAAGAUUUUCCUUUUAAAACUAGGACCCGCAAGGAGAUAAGUCGGAUCGAGUGGUUCAAGUUAACUGAUCUCCCAACCUGGAGGCGGAACAAAGCUGCACCGGGAAAGUUUUAUUUAAUUUCGCCGUUCAUCGCAUCAUUGAAGGCAUUCGUCACUGCCAACAAGCCUCGAGCAAUGGAGGGGCGAGCUUGGAAGACUGGAGGGUACAUAAGUACGGAUAAUGGCACACACGAGUCCAGUUCGUCCUCUGCAGAUAAUGGCGAACCCCAGACGCCGUCUCCUCAAUACAGCGAAGCACUUCCUGCGACUAGCCAUUCCGUAGCUACCCACGUGUCCGAUGACGAGCAAGUUGUUGAUCCUGAACACAUGGACCCGCAUUUUGCUCGCCUGCUCAGUUCUUUGACGCUCUCGGCUGUUAAGCAAGACGAUUCAAAGUCUCAGCUCAUUCUUCCGCCCGUUAAAUCACCUCUCUCGGUACUCGCUCACAAUGCGACCCCACUAGCCAAGCAGAAUAUCGUUGAUUGGUCUUCUCGUGUUUCUGCCCACUCAGAAACGCCUGUUGUGAUAACUUCUCCGCCUCCGAAACAAAGGCUUUCACACGUGACAUCGUCUUCCACGCAUUCCCUUCGGGUUCCCCAGUCUUUGAGCGUGCAUGCUUCCUUUGAUGAAUCUCAUAUUCCUGGAACUCCUUCAUCAGGAGCUCUUUCGACAGCUUCAUUUUCUGCCGCAUCUUCCACUUCAUCCUUGACUUCCUCUCGAAAGUCAUCGUCGUCAAGACGUACCGCGAGCACUGCCGACAUAUCGCCCUACCUUCCGCGUCCUACUGAGGUGCCUGCCUCAGGCAAGAUGUUGAGGCAGCUAGCCCUACUGGAAGCGGUAGCUGACGAGUCUUCACGCAUGACCCCCACUCUGCUCAAUAGGGAAUUACCAACUGUGACUAAUAUUGGUAAUAUAUCCUGCAUCCGUCAUCCAGGACCUUCGGCUUCUGUGCCACCACCCACACACUAUCCGCAAGCUGAAUUUCGUCCACAUUUUGGACAUAUUCCUUCGGUUCCAGCUGGAUAUCAUGUUUCAUCUACUUCUCAGCACGCCAACACCGGGUACUCUCAGCCGCCGCCCCUCAUUGAUGACGUAUUUCAAGUUCGACCACGCUCUAGUCAGUUUGUUGCCCAUGACUACUCCCCUCGGAAUGCCCAGCAAAAUCAAUUGUUGUCGCUGCUGACGGGGCCCCCACCCCUUCCUGCUGGAAUGCCUCACCCUUCUCAUCCACAUCCAUCCUACUUGCAAGGCUACCUUCCAGCUCAUCAUUAUCAACCACAUGUUUCCGCACACUUCCCCUCUGCCUAUCAGCCUGCGGGUCCUCAUAUGAUGACUGGUCCUCCUACUGCGAUUCCCCCAGUCAGGGCCCAUGUCGCACCUGCUCAAUUAUCUGCUAUCCCACCAUCAGCCCAUGCUUUGCAGACAACUUUUCCCCCACCGCAAAUUACUUCGCGUACCCCUGUCACCAAUAGUGCUCAGCUACUUUCACUCCUGAACGGUAAUAAACCUGCACCGGCGCCAGCCCCCGUUAAUGCUGGCUAUAGAUGAUUACACCGCUAUAUCUCUGCUAUAACCAACCCUGCAUCAUAUAUUUUGCUUGCCAUCAACGCCAUACUGUAUAUGCUGCGCCGACGCUCCUCU